AACAACUAGCCCGCUCCUAAACAACCAGAAAUAAACUCCAACAGUAUAAAGUUAGUGGAGGAGUGGAUCUGCAGUUUUACAGACUAGUCGACUACUAUCAGUGCAAUAUCUACCUGAUUGCAAUGGAGAAAAAACACUAUUCAGAGCUGUCCUCAUCAUAAUAUCUUAAAAAUAGCAACUACCGAUAGUAUAAAGUUAGUGGGAGGAGUAGAUCUGCAGUUUUCAAGUACUAUCAGUGCAGUACCAACCUGAUUGCAAUGGAGAAAAAGACACGAAAACGCAGGUAUCUAUUCAGAGCUGCCCUCGUCAUAUCUUUGUGCGUAACUGUCGUCUAUUGCCUGAGAAACACAUACUCCCAGACUGCACUGCUCUGUGCACAGCAAGAAGUGGGCUACUCAAGAGGUGAGACCUCAGAGACAUUCUUCCUGACUGCUGAUGAAGGCAACCACCUCAAGUACUCUCAGUUGCUUCAGAGCAUCCUCAGAUCUUACCAGCAUUAUCACGGAGUCAGGAGAAAGGAGUUGGCAGCUGGGAACACCUCCAAGACCCUC